GACGAGGAAAACACGCAAACAUCGAGCCCUGGCGGGUGGCAAAGUAAGCUGUCCGCGCUGAACUUCCUGCACUUGCAGGUGCAUCGCCGUGGAACGGCCACCUCGAGCCGGGCAUCGUCACGCAAGUCGUCUCGCGCCUCCGACGCGUCCGAUUUGAGCGAACUCGCGGGUCCAUGGCUCAACUUGCCGCUGAUGCUCGUGUCCGGAACGAGCGACAUGGUGAAGGACGUGAAGCAGCAACACUCGAACGGGUUGGAGUUGAAGGAAACGCCGGACGUCAAGGGACAACGGAGAAAGUCGUUCUACAACUUCCCAUUCUUCCUGCGCCAUCAGGACGCGGUCGAGGAAACGUCUACCUCAUCGCCCCAGCCGCUCAAGCGGCCGCUGAAGGGCAGCGAGACGAACCUGUCGCUAAAUGCCUCGCUCGAGCAGGUACCACCGGUUCCGCCGCCCACCACACCCAAGUCCAAGCGUGCCACGAGCUUCGUCAAGAAGAAGCCGCCGCUGGAGCGUGGCUUUUCCGCCCAGAGCGCUCUGCGGCUCAACCGUAACGCGGUAGUGCCCGAUGACACCCUUUCAACGUCGGCAGCCGACGUGAGUAUCCUCGUCACGGAACCUUCACCAGAUGUCCCGCCCAGUUCCGCCCCAGGCGAGACGCUCGUGCACGUGCUGGUGCAUCGGGAAAGUGAAGAAUACCAAUCGGAGCUGGACGACAAAGGCGAGCCUCCGAAAGCCAAGGAGCCACGUGAUCCCUCGCGUGCAAGUGACAUCAAAAUUUCACCCGGCACCAACGUUGACUAUCAAAUUCUAGGUGGCCUCGAGGGUGACCCGCGCCCCGUGGUGACGAUCUGCGUCGUGAGUCCGAGGGAGUCGCCGGACCAGGAGGACGGUCGGCCGGUGGCCAGUGGCGAUCGUGCCGAGCCGGUCACGAUCCCCAUCGACCCAGAACCGAUCGACGUGAAUUUGCCCCGCGAUACGAGCAACAUUUUCUACGACUACGACGAAACGACCGGUGCCCAAACGGCGACAUUGGAGACAUCGCCGGAAGCUGGAGAUACCCCCCGGACGCAGCCAUCCGCCGAUCCGAACAAGAUCGAGUACGAUCCGACGACGACGACGACGACGACGGUGACGAUUUCUAACGAAAUGGAACCGACGGGUUGUCCGCGAGCCGCACCAACCAGCCCGGAACGGACCGAACGUGGUCAAUCGAGCUGA